UCUGGAGUAAGUUGGAUGUGCGCGCUCCUCACUCGCAUCCCGAAACCAUCUCCAAAACUGUUGCGAUGGGGAGGAUCAGGAAAAACCACUUUGGGAUUUGGACUUUUUCGUUAUUAGUGACAUUCGUGUGGGCGCAAAGCGCCAAGGACCUCAAAGAUCCGAGCAAUAUGCCCCUGGUAAAAGAAACCGUGGACAGGCUGAUGAAGGGGUACGACAUUCGGUUGAGACCAGAUUUUGGAGGUGCCCCGGUGGCAGUGGGGAUGAACAUAGACAUCGCCAGCAUAGACAUGGUCUCUGAAGUCAACAUGGACUACACUCUGACGAUGUAUUUCCAACAAGCGUGGCGGGAUAAGCGUUUGUCGUACUCUGAAAUCGCCUAUAACCUGACUCUGGACAACCGCGUGGCCGACCAGCUCUGGGUCCCAGACACUUACUUCCUCAACGACAAAAAGUCCUUUGUCCACGGCGUGACGGUGAAAAAUCGGAUGAUCCGACUGCAUCCGGACGGGACGGUGCUGUACGGGCUCAGGAUCACGACCACGGCGGCGUGCAUGAUGGACCUGAGACGAUACCCUCUGGACGAACAGAACUGCACUCUGGAGAUCGAGAGCUAUGGCUACACCACAGACGACAUUGAGUUUUACUGGCGAGGUGGAGACGGCGCCGUGUCUGGAGUCGACAGAAUAGAGCUCCCUCAGUUUUCUAUUGUCGACUACAAACUAAUCUCCAAAAAUGUGGUGUUCUCUACGGGCUCCUACCCCCGCCUGUCCCUCAGCUUCAAACUCAAGAGGAACAUCGGUUACUUCAUUCUGCAGACGUACAUGCCUUCCAUCUUGAUCACCAUCCUCUCGUGGGUCUCCUUCUGGAUCAACUACGAUGCGUCCGCCGCCCGAGUCGCCCUGGGGAUCACCACGGUGCUGACCAUGACCACGAUCAACACCCACCUGAGGGAGACGCUGCCUAAGAUCCCGUAUGUCAAAGCCAUAGACAUGUACCUCAUGGGCUGCUUUGUGUUUGUCUUCCUGGCCCUGUUGGAGUAUGCAUUUGUCAACUACAUCUUCUUCGGCCAAGGCCCCCAGCGACAGAAGAAGGCGGCUGAGAAAGCUGCUCUGGCUAAUAAUGAAAAACUACGACCCGACCCGAACAAGUGGCUGGUGGGGAAUGUAGUUCAGAGAGAUGAUGCUCUGUAUGCCAGAAUGAAACAGAAGGAAAUUGACGCAUAUGACUCGAUGUGGGAUCCCAUCUUUAUGGACGAUGCCGCAUUAGGACUAGGCGAGCAAAGAAAUAAGAUGACGCCCGACGAUAACCUUCUGUUUGGGACUCUGGAGAUGAAGAACGAGAUGGGCGGAGCCGGAGACCUGUCGCGAGGCCUGGGGGCGCCCGGAGACCCCCGUAACACCAUGAUGGCGUACGACGCUUCCUCGCUGAUGUACCGCCGGGCAGCCAUGGCCCGCCAGAACUAUGGCCACAGCGCUCUGGAGCGCCACGCCCAGAAGAAGUCCCGCCUACGGAGACGGGCCUCCCAGCUUAAGGUCAACAUCCCCGACCUCUCCGAUGUGAACUCUAUCGACAAGUGGUCCAGAAUGAUCUUCCCCACUGUCUUUUCCUUCUUUAACGUGGUCUACUGGCUCUACUACGUCCAUUAAACCCGCGGGGGACCAGCACUCACGUCGAGGGCUCCCACAGAAGGGGCUACGGGAGGGGAUACUUCAGGGAGGAGAGCGUGGUGUGUGAGAGAGAGUGAGCAUUUUAAAAAACAGUGCACCAACUUUUUGGCUGGUUCAUUUCAGAAAAAUUAUGAGACUUUUUGGAUGGAACUGCAGCUGCACCCGACACUACUCAGCACUGACUCUUUGGGAAACACCUUCUAACGACUGAAAUCACACAAAACAAGUUUUAAAGGAACAGUAACGGUGCCUGUUCAGAAACUUCUAUCUAUCACUAAUAUUUGUCAUUUAUAACUUACUCUGUGGAUCCAAAUAUUUAUGCUUGUGUUUGCAUAUACUUUAAGAGUUUGAUUUGUUUAGUAUCUAUUUACUUGGUAGCCGAGCUGUCUGCAUCCAGGAGAGCUUUACCCAUGAGUUCAAUGAGCCAUCCUCGAUAGUCUAUUUUCCUAUUAUUGCUGUGUAUCAAAAACAUCCUUUAAAAGCAUGCUUCUGUUUGAUUUCAUUUGCAUUUCAGCCAUGAUAAAAAAAAAUGUGAAAAACCCUUUUGUUUUUCUAGGUAGCUAAUUCUGUCAGGGUAAAAUGUGCCAGUUAUUUUCGCAGCUAUGGCUCAGACGGUCCAAACACUACGGAAACACUGCCGGACAACAUCAGGGGAUUAGACUUAGUUUGGACAGUCCUAUGAGGCUUUUAAGCUCUCUUGGCUUCCUCGUUUUUUGAAGGAACCAAAAGUGCAACUGUGGACGCUAAAGCUUUGGCCAUUUUUUUUGUUUUACGCUUUUUCGCUGUGCCGGCAGAAUCCAUCUCACACGUCAAUGUUUGGAAAGAAAACCCGAGACUCUUCCAUAACUUUCUGCCAUUGUGUGAAGAGGCGAAGGACGGCUUUAAAAAAACUCCAGCUUCAUUUGAAAAGAUGCAUUUUUAUGGCUGCAUAAAUAUGGCAAUCCACACUCAUCCUUCAGUAGACUUGAACGAGUACGACGCGUUUCAUUGUGACUAGGUUUCUGUUUGAAAAAUGUAGAUAAAAAACAUAAGUCAUGUUUAAAGAAAAAGAUGCUUCAUUUUUAUAAAACAGUAUUCACAUGUAAAUAUGAAUUAUCCUGUUUAAAUGGGUCGCUGUUGUUUUUGAAUCACACUUCAGAUGCUCCACUCAAACAAAACAAGAAAAAAAAAACAGUUUAACAAAAGAAAAUAGGAUCCACCUCUUUGCAGACUCUAUUUUUGGGAUGUUUUUGUUUCUUUUUAACAGACGCUAAAAUCAUUGCCGAAGCUAAAGCACUUCCAGACAACAGUGACUAAGGGUCAAAGACGCCACUUAACCCUGUGAUCCAGGCAUUCAAGUCAGGCAGAAUAUUUUGUACAAAGUUUAUGUAAAUUCCAAUUGUAAUAUUUCAUAAUGACUGUAAAUAUCUUGUGUAAUGAUUGUCAGCAAAUAUGAAGAUGUAAUCUUACUUAAAUUAAAACUGGAUUCAGUCUAUCACUUCAAAA